UAUUCCCUCUCUGGAACAGGUGUGAUAUAUAACCUAAAAAUGUUAAAUUUCAUGUCCUUCAAGGAGUUAUAUCUUAUAUUAUGUUUUAUUAAUUUCACAUUAAGUACCCUUGAAAAUGGAUUUUGUGAUAAAGCUAACGAAUAUGGAGAGACUGAUAAUAAAUGUAACAUUCAAUCACACUAUUCAAAAAAUCGUUACAUCCUUUAUGACGUUAAUCCCCCAGAAGGAUUCAAUCUAAGAAGAGAUGUUUAUAUUCGCAUUGCAGUUUUCAUAAAAAAUUUACUUAGGCAAGAGAAAGAAUUUAAGUGGCAAUUAGUUUUACCACCAUGGGGUAAUUUAUAUCAUUGGCGAAGUAAACAUAUAGGAAUUCAAACACAAUUGCCCUGGAGCUUAUUUUUUGAUAUUGUUAGUUUACAAAGAUACAUACCAGUUAUUGAAAUGUACCAAUUUUUACAAGAGUAUCCCUCAGAAAAUAAGAUAACACAUCUUGAUGUUACAUAUAUUCUACAAAAUGAUGAAGAUAUGUUCAAAACAGGAAAAUUUGAAGACAAAAAUGAAAUAGUAGAAUGUACUGAUGAAUCUUUAUGGUAUCAUAAAUUAAUAUCCAAUGAAUAUAAUGGAUAUUUUUGGGGCUAUAAUAAUAUAACUUCCAAAGCUGUUGAAUGUAUUAAGUUUCAUGGUAUGGUAUCAAAUCUUAAGCAAAAUAUUAAGCCUAAUAUUUAUAGGUCUGUAAUGUUUGAUCACAUGGAAAUUGCAUUGCAUGAUUUCUAUGGUACAAAGGAAUAUUGGAGAGCUAGAAGAAGUAUGAGAUAUAAUUCUGAGUUAUAUAAUAUUGCAAAUGAAUAUAGAAAAACUUUCUUUAAUUCAACAAAUGAAUAUGAUAACACAGAACUACCAAGUGACUGGACUAAGGAAAAGAGUAGAAGAAAUGCAAUUGGAGGACCAUAUUUAUCAGUUCAUUUGAGAAGACGCGACUUUCUAGUUGGUCGUUCUUCAACGGUACCAACAAUAAAAUCUGCUGCUAUGCAAUUGAAAACAAAGAUAAACAAACUAGGAUUAAACCAUCUGUUUGUUGCUACAGAUGCUACACAACAAGAAUUUAAAGAACUUGAAGGAUAUUUAUCUGAUUACACGGUUUUAAAAUUUAUUCCAUCGGAUUAUGUACUAAAUAAAUUUAAGGAUGGUGGAGUUGCAAUUAUUGAUCAAAUAAUAUGUUCUUAUGCUAGAUACUUUAUAGGAACAUAUGAAUCAACAUUUACAUUUAGGAUACAAGAAGAUAGGGAGAUAAUUGGUUUUCCUACUGAAACAACAUUUAAUCAUUUAUGUAAAGAGGGUAAAGGAUGUAACUCUAAUGGACACUGGGAAAUUGUUUGGUAACAGUUAGUUUGAUAACAUACAAUACAUAAGAUGCUAUGUUCAGUUGACUGAGUUUAGAUGUAAAUUUUACUGUAAGUGAACAUAUAAAUUACAUUGUCUCUCUGUACAGCUAAAUAUCAUUGAUGAUAUUGAUCGUUCUGAUUACACGAUGUUUUUCUUAGCUUAUCGUAGGCUUACCAAUUAAUUCUUGUUCACGACGAACUUCUUGUUCUCGUUGGUGUUCUCUACUCAAGGCCUCUUUCUGUUUUAUUUGUUGCAACCUCAAUGCUCGUUUCUGUAAGAAAAAUAACACCAUACUAAAAAUGUAUAUGAAUUAUAUUAUAAAUUAUAAAUACUUACUUUCAA